UCAUUGUCUCCCCACUUGAAUGAUUUUCAGAUAAUAUAAAGUCGAUAUCUAUCAGUUUAUCUCGAAAGAACGCCUAUAUUUAUGUAGGAUUGAAUGCCAAGGAUUGUGUUCUCUCGAAAAAAUGUUUCCGUUACUUAUAUGUGAAAUUUUUCUUUUCGUGUAUGCUUCUGCGGCAUCCGAUUGUCUCCUUAGAGAAUAUGGGGAAAAUAAAAAAGUUUGCGUCUGUAAUUCAGAGCACUGCGACUAUUUCUCCGAGAACCUGGCAUUGGAUAAAGUGAACAUUAUAACUUCAACGCAAUCCGGGGCUAGGUACAGAACAAGCGUUCAAGAUUUCGAAACUGUCUCAAACAGCACAAACCUCAUUACAAUAAAUAGAAACAAGACAUACCAAAAAAUUAAUGGGUUUGGAGGUGCGUUAACAGAUACUGCUGGUGUCAACAUCAUGUCACUUCCUGCAGGAGCAGCAGAACAUUUAAUGAGAUCGUAUUUCACCGGAACGGGAUCUAUGUACAACCUUUGUCGCGUACCUAUGGGCGGAACAGAUUUUUCAACUCGUGGUUACUCCUAUGAUGAUGGACCCGAAGAUAAGAACUUGAGUAAUUUUAAACUAGCAGAAGAGGAUUUCAAAUAUAAGAUACCUUUGAUGAACCUGGCUCUGAAUUUGAGCAUGAGUCAAACAAAACUGAAGUUUUUCACUUCAACGUGGACUGCUCCGAAGUGGAUGAAAGAAAAUGGUAAAUAUGCAGGCGGUCAUCUCAAAAAGGAACACUACCAAACUUGGGCCAAUUAUUUCGUGAGAUUCCUGGAAGAGUACAAAAAACAGGGACUAGAAUUCUGGGCUAUAUCAACCGGUAAUGAGCCCUUGUUAGCCAAACUCCCAUUCAUAAAAAUACCCUCCGUUAACUGGGACUCCAAAACAGCUAGCAUAUGGAUCAGAGAUCAUUUAGGACCCACUCUUAGAUCUUCUAGAUUUUCAGAUAUCAAAUUAUUGGCUAUAGACGACCAGCGAUUGUUUUUCAAGGACUAUGUGGCGAACGUAAUGAAAAAUGAAACGACAAGAAGUUAUGUUGAUGGUUUCUCAGUGCAUUGGUAUUUGGACACAGAUAUUUCGCCAAAAGUUUUGGAGAACACCCAUCAAAGGUUCCCUGAAAAAUUCAUAUUAUCCACAGAAGCUAGCUCUGGUUUUCUUCCUUGGCAAACACACGUUGACUUAGGCGCUUGGGACAGGGCAGAAAAGUACGCAAAUGAUAUAUUGGAAAAUCUCAACAACUGGGUAACUGGCUGGGUGGAUUGGAAUCUAGCCUUAGACACCAAAGGUGGCCCAACUUACAUUAACAAUCAUAUCGAUGCUGCCAUCAUAGUAAACGCUACAGCUGGAGAAUUUUACAAACAACCAAUGUAUUAUGCAAUUUCCCACUUCUCGAAGUUCAUUCCCGAAGGAUCUGUGAGAAUCGACGCAAAGUCGGACGUAAAUUUGCCAUUGGUGGCUCUCACCAGACCUGGACCAGAUAAAAAAGUAGUUCUGGUGGUACUGAACAAGAAUAAUGAGGAUGUACCUGUGACUAUUAAGGAUGAGUUGAGACACAUCAACCUGAAUCUGGAAAGGAGGUCCAUCACAACGGUGAUUUACUGAAAAAAAUUGCAAAGAGGAACGAAAAGACACGAUAAAGAAUACUCAUUUCUAAGAUCAUAUAGGAAGGCAAGAUUUUGAGUCCCAUCAUCAUCAGUGUCCCUGUGGAGAAAUUAUUAAUAUCUGUGAUUUUUGUAAAAAAACGAAUAGCUCAAUGAAGUAGCUUAAGUUUCAUCAGCUGUCUAUGGAUUGUUUCAGAGACAAAUUCAGUUCAUAAAAAGUAGCAGAUCUUUUAUUUAUACCCGUUUCCUGUUCAUAAUUUAUUGUAUUCAAACCAUUUCAUAGGAAAACAAUUUAAUUGGACAAUAUGUAUACAUAAAACAAUAAAAUUUUAAUAAAUA